CGACGUAUAACAUUACCAUCCCAUCAUGCCUGGGACAGCAUUUAAGUCAGAGCACUCCAAAAUGGCGGAUCGUGAAGCGGACCCAGAGAAGGAAGAGGACACAUACGAGGUGGUCUACCUAACAGAAUAUGUCAGACGUCAACAAUGGUGGGGCCGCCUAUUUGGUGGGAACAAUUCGGGUCCUAUGUCUGGGAAGUAUUCGGUGGCCACACAAAUAGUACUGGGGGGCUUGAGUGGCUGGUGUGCAGGAUAUCUUUUCCAAAAGGUGGGGAAGAUUGCAGCCACCGCUGUGGGUGGAGGAUUCCUGUUAUUACAGAUAGCCAACCACAGUGGCUAUGUGCAGGUGGACUGGAAGAGAGUGGAGAAGGAUGUCAACAAAGCCAAGAGACACCUGAAGAAGAAAGCCGACAGGGCUGUACCAGAGUUUAACUCUUUUAUUGACCAGUCCACAGAGUUUGUGAAGACAAACAUAAUCAUCACCAGUGGAUUCUUCGGAGGCUUCUUGCUUGGACUGGCAUCCUAAGAUAUAAAAAAUGGAGACCUGCAGUUUAUUGAGGCUUUUUUUGCGAGGUCUGCUUUAUCAUGGCUGUGAAGUAAAGUGCCCUUCUUAAAUGGUGAUGGGAAAAACAAGAACAGAUGCACAGCACACUAUAUCAGAAUGAGCCAAAGUGUAAUUACACAAACUGCAAAAGGUUGUAAAUACUCUGUAAUGUGUACCUACAGUUACAGUGGGGGAAAAAAGUAUUUAGUCAGCCACCAAUUGUGCAUGUUUU